UUCACCAACCAGACAAAAACAUACAAACGGUCAGCCAUUUUGGCGUUACUUGUUGGCUCGGCAAUCGCUACUGAACCUUACAUUUAUAGCUCUCCUCCACCACCUCCGGUUGCAUCUCCUCCACCUCCUUAUAAAUACAAAUCUCCUCCUCCUCCGGUUAAGUCCCCUCCACCACCGUAUGAGUAUAAAUCUCCUCCUCCUCCUGUUAAGUCUCCUCCACCACCGUAAUACUACCACUCUCCACCUCCCCCGGUGAAAUCUCCACCACCACCGUAUUAUUACCACUCUCCUCCGCCUCCGGUGAAAUCUCCUCCUCCUCCUUAUUACUAUCAUUCUCCACCUCCUCCCGUGAAGUCUCCUCCAUCACCGUACUACUAUCAAUCUCCACCCCCUCCGGUGAAGUCUCCUCCACCACCGUACUAUUAUCACUCUCCUCCUCCUCCGGUUAAGUCUCCACCUCCACCUUACUACUACCACUCUCCUCCUCCGGUCAAGUCUCCACCUCCACCCUACUACUACCACUCUCCUCCUCCCCCAGUUAAAUCUCCACCGCCGCCAUACUAUUAUCACUCUCCACCACCACCAGUCAAAUCUCCUCCACCUCCAUACUACUACCAUUCACCGCCUCCUCCGGUGAAAUCACCACCUCCACCUUACUAUUACUCAUCUCCACCACCACCAAAAUCUUACCCUCCACCAUAUUACUACUCAUCUCCACCACCACCACCAAAGUCGUACUCUCCAUACUACUAUUCAUCACCACCACCUCCGGUGUAUAAAAAGUAUGAGAAGAAGAGAACACAGAGAUAGAUAUCAUCGAGUCGGAGGAGAGAUGUGGAGGGUCAAUAGUCAUCUUGAUUAGAAGAUUUAUGGCAGACGAUUGAAGUUCCAUCUUGAAUGGAGGCAUUAUGCGGGAGGCGAUGGGGGGAGAGGAAGUGAAUCGAUGUCGGCAUCGAGACAUAGCUUAGAGUUACAGGGGAGGCUGAUUGUGUUUGGCUUAGGGUUACGGGG